ACGAGAGGGCGGCCCUGGAACUUACUUUCGUCUCGGAGAAGCGAGGAAGAUCAAACCUGCCAAAAAUACUUUACAAAAGUGGUGCAAACCUACUGAACACUGCGCGUCUGUGGAUUUUACACGUUUUCUGAGCGUGAGUCGGAGGCGAAAUGGCUGAAAUGUUCAGCUGGGUACAGUCCAAUGUGCCACAAGGCACACCGUAUAUUGAGAUCAUCGAGCAGCCCAAGGCAAGAGGGAUGCGCUUUCGUUACAAAUGUGAGGGAAGGUCGGCCGGCAGCAUUCCCGGAGAAAAGAGCAACGAUUCCACCAAAACACACCCAGCCAUCAAGGUGCAUAACUACAGCGGGCCAAUCAGAGUGAGGAUCUCCUUGGUUACCAAGAACCAGCCAUACAAGCCACACCCACAUGAGCUGGUGGGAAAAGACUGCAAACACGGCUACUACGAAGCGGACCUGCCCGAGAGACGGGUUCACAGUUUCCAGAAUCUCGGUAUUCAGUGUGUGAAGAAGAAGGAUGUGCCUGAAGCCAUUUCCUGUCGCCUGCAUACACAGAACAACCCUUUUAACAUUCCCGAAGCCAAAGUGUGGGAGGAAGAGUUCGACCUGAACGCCGUCCGCCUCUGUUUCCAGGCAACCAUCACUCUGGCAACCGGCGAGCUGUAUCCUCUGGCGCCCGUCAUCUCUCAGCCCAUCUACGACAACAGAGCUCCGAACACAGCCGAGCUAAAGAUCUGUCGCGUGAACAGGAACUCGGGCAGCUGCCGGGGCGGAGACGAAAUCUUCCUACUGUGUGACAAAGUGCAAAAAGAGGACAUCGAGGUGCGCUUCUUCCGAGACUCGUGGGAAAGUAAAGGCUCGUUCUCUCAGGCCGACGUCCACAGGCAGGUCGCCAUCGUGUUCCGUACACCGCCCUACUGCGAUACAAACCUGAGUGAGCCUGUGAGAGUGAAGAUGCAGCUCCGCAGGCCAUCAGACCGUGAGGUCAGCGAGCCCAUGGACUUCCAGUACCUCCCUGCCGACCCAGAUGAAUACAGACUAAUGGAGAAGAGGAAGCGGACUGAGGGAAUGCUCCAUAACCUCAAACUGGGCAACGUAGUGCCAGAUACCAUGAAUCAGAGGACUAUCAGUACUGCCAGAAGAACACUUACAGCUUCAAAGCCCUCAGCUGCUGUCAGCGCUCCACCAGUGGUGAAUCCUGUGACAUGCAUGAACGUUAUGAAGCCUACGCCUAUGUUCAACACUCCUCCACCAGGCCAUCUGUUCACUCAGCCCAAAACUGAGCUGAUGCCAUCGAACGGAGACGGAUUGAAGUUUUUCAGCAGUAUCCCCGUGCAGCCUUCUGCUGCUCCAGAUAUAUCCACAGAACUCCGCACCGUCAAUCUCUCCGACCUGCACGACUUCCCCUAUAGUAAUUUCCCUUCCUCCGCUCCGGAUCAGUCCGACACAAUCAGGAGAGGGGAAGGAACUGGGGCUAACGGGGCCAGUACUACGGCGUCCCAAGAGGUCCAAAACACGUUCAGGUCUUUUGACAACGAUAUUCUGAAUUUUCCUAGCUUUUCUGAAGCUCAGACGUCAGAUGUGGAGAACAUAAACACUGCAGAGUUUCAGGCGCUGUUUAGCCAAAGUGGACUUCACGGAGAGGGCCCUUCGAAUGCUUCUGCGUGUCACGCUAACAUGGCGGGAAACACAACCGCCGAUAGCGCGUCGUGUUCUGGCGGUGCAGAGCAGGCUUCGAGAAACUUAGACAACGAACCCUGGAUGAGUUUCCCAACAAGCAUCAUCAACUAUUUGCAGAACGAGCCGAUGGUACAAUCCGCUACACCCGUGACACCCAUUCAGCAAAUCCUUGACGAUACAGACAUAAUGAACUCCCUGGACGAAGAUCGGCUCAUGUCCAUCCUUCACAACGGCAACCAAAACUUCCUGUCCGGGCAUCCCACUUAGAUCUCACAUAGAGUUGGACUUGCACCAUCCUCAUAUCGAGACUGGAAGGGCAGCAACUCAAGAAGAAACAAAGAAAGAAUGGGACGGAGGACAAAAUGGAGGCCAGAUUUUCACAGUGCUCACUGAGGGCCUUAGGAUCUCAGCAUACAAAUUCAUGAUCUAAUACGUCAUGUUUCUUCUUUCAAUCUAAGAUGGUUUUCACAAAUAACUAACAGCAUUUUAUUUUAUUUACCUUGCCAUUUUCAAAGAACACUUCCUUCCUGUCCCACAGUCACUGAUACCUCUCGCUUACAAAAGCUUGGGUUUUGUAAAGAGCCUCGGCUCAGAGAAAGAGAGAGAGAGAAAGAGAGAGAGAGAAAGAGAGAGAGAGAAAGAGAGAGAGAGAAAGACAGAGCAUCAAGAAUCAGCCACACCCACUUUCGAAACAGACCAUGAUUACGACUGUACUAUUAAAGGUCCACAAAAUUCAAGUAUUUCAGUUAUACGAUACAAAAUAUGGAAGAAAUUCCCACGCCAUCACGACGGAGAAAAUCCCUCAAAGUGACUCUAACGUUAUUUCCUUUACAUAUAUUAUGCAAAGCCACGUGACCGAUCGCGUGAUUAGUCUUUAAGAGACAAUAAUAUGGUGAAUGUAUAUCAUUUGGCUGGGAUUUUGGGGUUCGGUUCUCAUUUUAAUGCACAAUUCAGAUUUGUUCACCUACUUAGUGGACGUUUAUCUUUUUAAUUAUUAUUAAUUUUUAUUAAAAAAAACAACAAUUGGUUAUGAUAUUAAUUUGUAAUUAAUUUUUGUUUACAUGGAAGACAAAUCUGUUAACUGUAAUAAAAUAUUGCCAUGUUUAUAAGAGAGAGCAUUUCAGCAAUACAAAUUAUGGCGGUUAUAAUGCUUGUACAGCACAAGGCAAAAUUAUUGGCACCCCAGGCGUCCAUCCUAGUCAUCUAAUGUAACCUUUAUACAAGAGAUCGUGAUUUGUGAUCCGAAACGUCAUUUAUUCUGCUUUCUCCUGCAUUUAGACUAAACGGUGUACAUUUGGAAAGACUAAGAAAUGAACUAGUUUAGUUUGAAAAGUUAUGUUUUUUUUUAACAGUCUCGAUUAAGCAGCUUUUUUUAACGUAGGGACAAAAUCAGCACACCCUUUAAUGAGCAUUUUAAACAAAAGCCCUAAUGAUGUGUGAGUGGAUUGACCUCGUACGAGAUUAAAGAAUGGAGUAAUUUAGGUAUUGUGAUAGAAGACUAGGCUGGGUGCCAAUAUUUUUGGCCCAAACAGUAAGUGCAUAGUGGAACGAGUGUAAAUAUGGUGUGAACGAAGAGGGCAUAAGAGAGAGCGAUAUAGCAAAAGUAUUUUACAAAAUGUAUCACAGAAUGGGUUUCGUGCAAAUGUUUUGACACCCUGUACUUAACGGCGCGGGGGUGCGAACGAAGCAGAAGUUUCGGUAACCCCACUGAGGUUGUAUUUAGCACAGUGCAUUGUAAUGUCAAGCAAAAACAUACAUUUUUUUUUUUUUUAUGUACGAGACGUUUUAAUCUGGAACAAAGGUUUUGUACAUACAAAACGGCGCAGAUUUCCUAAAGUGAACGACGAGUACGUAGAUAAAAGCGAAAACGCCACAGAAAUGCAGAAACUGGUAUAAAUAUUGGCUAAAUCUCAUCACAACACUUUUCUACCACUGAAUAAAUAUUCUCUUUCUUUGUUGUAUUGGUCUCAAGUUGAGGAGAACGUGAGGGGAUUGUUUUCAUUCAGACCGUCAUGUUUUAUCUCUUAUACUCUAAUAUUUUUUUUUUUAUACAAACUAGCUGAUCUGUAGGCAUGAUAUUACGUGUAAAAAAAUUAUGUUUGUAGAUUUGAUACUCUUGUCUUGAUCAAACAGAAAUAAAUAUAUUUCCAUUCAAUAUAAUAAA